UAAGUUGGCAGACGUGUUGUGGCUGUCGUGAGUGCGGUGUUGUGUUUUAUAUAUAAAGGUGUUGAUAUUUUUAGGAAAAAACAAUUUGACUGUACAUAUCUUCUAUUAUUAAUACUUAAUUUAUUAUUAGAUGAAGGUUAAAUUAUGCCGCGCAAAGACAACAAAUUCGACAACAACGGUUCGUCGAACAGGCGAACGAAUACCUACAUGUCCGCCGAGGAGCAGGCCAGCGGCAAAAAGUCCUAUUGGACGGAAUUGGAGAUAACGGGGACCAUAAGGAACCUGAGCGCGAACCUGUUCCGAUUGACCCACCUGACCGCCCUCUACAUAAAGAACAAUCAGUUGCUGCGAUUGCCGGCGGACAUUUGCCAAUUGGUCAACCUGAGGCAUUUGGAUUUGAGCAACAACAAGCUGAGAUCGCUGCCCGCUGAAUUGGGGGAACUGAUACACCUCAGGGAAUUAAAUUUGGCCAACAAUUGCCUAAGGAUUUUGCCAUACGAGCUAGGCAAACUGUUCAAUUUACUCAGCCUCAAUCUGACUGGGAACCCUCUCAACAAAGACAUCCUAUCGAUUUAUAGCGAACCAAAUGGCACGGUCAAAUUGCUGACAUUCAUGCUGGACAACUUACAAGUUACAACGCCCUCUCCGCCUCCUCGACCUUGGAUUCCCCUAGCGAGACCCUCUACGAACAGGCCGACUUGUAUAUUCACGGUGAUGUGCUACAACGUCCUUUGCGACAAAUACGCCACCAGGCAGAUGUACAGCUACUGCCCCAGCUGGGCGUUGAACUGGGACUACAGGAAGAAGGGCAUCCUCGAGGAGAUCAAACUCUACGGCGCUGAUAUCGUCAAUCUGCAGGAGGUCGAGAUGGAGCAGUUUUACAAUUAUUUUCUGCCCGAAUUGAAGAUGGACGGCUACAACGGCAUUUAUUCGCCCAAAUCGAGGGCCAAACACAUGGCCGAAAGCGAGAGGAAGUACGUCGACGGUUGCGCCAUCUUUUACAGAGCAUCCAAAUUUACUUUAGUGAAAGAACAUUUAGUGGAAUUCAACCAGUUAGCUAUGGCUAGUGCGGAUGGUAUGGAACACAUGCUCAACAGGGUUAUGCCUAAAGACAACAUCGGCUUGGCGGCCCUUUUGCAAACCACCGAAGCCGCUUGGGACAAUGCACCGCCGGACGCGCCGUUUCUCCAGCAACCGCUGCUCGUGUGCACGGCCCACAUCCACUGGGAUCCGGAAUUCAGCGACGUGAAGCUCAUCCAAACGAUGAUGCUGUCCAACGAGCUCAAAUCCAUACUGGAGGAGUCGGCGCGGACGUUGCGAUCGCGCGACCUCGACGCCGACGCCGGUCACAUACAGCUGGUGUUGUGCGGCGAUUUCAAUUCGCUGCCCGACUCGGGCGUGAUCGAGUUCCUCGGUACCGGAAGGGUCUCGCAGGACCACAGGGACUUCAAGGCGUUGAGUUACAAGAGCUGCUUGGAGAAGUCGCUCAGCUGCGACAAGCCCAACGAGUUUACGCACUCGUUCAAAUUGGCGUCGGCGUACAACGACGAGAUCAUGCCGUUCACGAAUUACACAUUCGAUUUUAAGGGCAUAAUCGACUACAUAUUCUACGCGAAGCAAACCAUGACACCUUUGGGUCUAUUGGGGCCGCUGUCGCAGGAUUGGUUGCAGCAGAACAAGGUUAUAGGCUGUCCGCAUCCGCACAUCUAUUCGGAUCAUUUCUCGUUGUUGGUCGAGCUCGAGAUGGUGCCGACCAUUACGUCCUCGGUGAAUGGCAUGAUCGGUCACAGCCCAUACAAGAACCUACCGAAUUCGUAUUAUCCGCCGCCCGGCGCUCACGGUUUCGGUUAUUAUCCGAAUCCUCUUUAUUAUCAAACAUAUUUUUAUCAAAAAAUAUGACAGUACAAUUAAAAUCCGAAACAAAAACGCAAGGUAGCAGCCAUCGUUAACGACACGUUAGUCAUCGUCGCCUUCGCAUUUGCUGUGUACCUGUCGAUCGAGAAACAAAUAGAAAAAAAAGUAAGAAUAGAUAGAAAAAUGACAAAAGACGCAAUGAAGAAAAAAUCGGCGAGUUUUCCUGGGAGCACACAGAGGAAAUAACAAACCUACCGUCCCCUUCUCUUAGAAAAAGUACCCAUUUCUCUUAGAUGAUAUCCCCUUGUUUCCGCAAUUUCUCUUAAUUAGAUUGCCCCCAACUUCCUUUUCAUGAGGUAUAUUUACAAAAUUUACCUAUUUUGCUCGACUUCUAGACGAAUGCCCCUCCGUUUUCUUAAAUUUGUAGAUUGCCUAUAGGACAUCUAUUAUAAAUAUUUCCUUCCACCUGUCUAACGAGUAUUUUCCGCCGCAUUUUUUUCCGAUUAUUUUCUAGAAAUAAAUGUGUACCUGACGGCUUCGUCCUUUCGAUAGGAAAAAUGAAAUGAAAAAGACCAU